AUGUCAUCUGACAAUUUACAAGACCGUAGUCUUAACGACAGUACCAAUAAAUCAACCGCAGAUCAACAAUCUGUUGGCAACAACAAUGCUGACCUGAAAAAUAUCUCAGCUGGAAACACACCACCACUUCACCAACUGGGACAGCCACCUCAAGAGCUCCCAUCGUUGUAUCAAUUGGCUUCAUCAGCCUUUAUGCCCGCAAGGGUUAUACUUCCACCACUUGGUCUCCUUGCUCGCCCAUUGGCUAUUAAGCCCAGACAUGGGCUAUUUCCUCAUCUACAACCUUGCCAAGCCUACAAACCUCAAGGUCUUAGCCUGGAAAACCUCGACCCAACUCUUGGUCAGGUUCACCCUAAGCCAGCUUUUAACCUGGUCGAACUCAAGCCAGAUCUUAGCCAUGCCAACCGCAAACCAGCUCUUGGCCAGGUUAAUCUCAAACCAGGUCCAGCCGCUCAUCCUAAGCCUCCACCAUCCUCUCUUCAUACUAUUAAUGAAGAAAUGGACUCUGUGGCAUCUGAGGGCCUAAACGUCUUGGGCACUGCUUCCCAUUCUGCAAGCAGAGACCAUUUCGAAGUUUCCUCACCUGCCAAGUCCAGAAAGAAGAAAAAGCCAGUUGUCGUUGAAUCAGUUUCCGGCAUUGAAUUCACUAUCCCCUUAGAGGAUAAUCGUUCUGUGUAUGCUAAGCAGGUCUCUAAAUCACUUCUCGGUUUAAUUGCGUGUAUGUCUGCCAAAGUGCCAUUUAAAGUACAUGGCAAAGCACCUGUCAAAGUGCCUUUGCGAAAGAAACACCCACGAGGUAGAAAGGCCAAGGCAACAACCAAUCUUGAAGUCGUAGCAAAGCCAGCAAAGUCAGCUCCAAAGAAGAAGGUGAUCAAGCCCACUGGCUCUGGUGAGUUAUCUAGUACUCUCACGAUAAGGAAGUCAAAGCGCAUAGCGGCUAAGCAAGCUUUCCUUAAGGCCGCAGCAGAAGAGGAAGAGAGACGAGAUGUAGCCAUGUCCAUUCAGCAAGUAAAAGAACACAUUUCCAUGGAAGCUGAACAUACCAGACACCAUGAGCUUGCAGAACCCCUUCUUGGUCAACCAGACAAGCCUUCCCAGCAAGCUGAAUCGUCUCAACAACACUCGGGCAAUCGCCUUAAAAAACUCAAUUAUGAAAAAAGAAAACGUGAAGAGACCGAUGUUGGCCACUCCAAUAUUAAGAAAGCAAAAGGAAAGGGUAAGGCUUCAAAUACUCGUUGA